UCUCAACGUCAAAGCACUUAGGGCCGCGCGGAGAGCACACACAGCUUGCGCGACAGUCGGUCGAUCUUUCGUGUAUACUACACACGCAACACAGAUUCCGGUAUUUUCCACCUGAUCGGGCGCGGGCGGAUUUUCAACACGAAUUACGGCCAUCUUGUCACACGUUACGCCGCUUUAUUUCCUCUCGCACACCGAGAAUAUACACGUUCGCGGGCUAUGUCGUCGAGUGUGCGUCGCCAGUUGCGCGCCCUAACGAACGACCAAACAAUACGUAUUAUCGCCGCUUACACAUUCGACUAGAGUGUGUCGCUUGUUUUCUUAAUUCUCUUAUUAAGAUUGUAUUCGUAUCGCAAGCGCAACGAAAAUCAAACGAGCGUCGCGCAUCCCUCGACCCUCGGAGUGAAGUGUACCGUCUUUAUUUUCAUUUCUUUUUUUUUCAAUCAUUUUAUUUCUUUUGUUUUUUAUCGCGUACCGGCAGCGCGCGCGUCCGUCGUCCACGUUUUCGCGUUUUCUCUCCUUCUCUCUCCCUCCCUCGUGUCAUAGCCACACGGUAUACACAACGCGCUUUCGCAGCGCCGAAGCGGACUAGCGUGCUGCUUGGCUAGGUGCACGCGCGCGCGCGCGCGCGAUUUUUGCUACGCUCUUUUCCUCCCUCCGUCUCUCGCUCGCGCGCUCCUCGCGCUGUACGCUCCGUGUCUUCGCGCUUCUCUCUCACUCGCAGUUCGUCCGGUCGAACGCGCGGACAAAAACACGCGUGACGCGUACACACACGUCGACGCGCUUCGGAAAUACACGUUUUAAUAAAUCUUUCCAAGUGUAUAUCGCCGAGGAAAUACGAAACGUUUGUGGUACACUGCUUCGUACAGAGGACUAUCGUUGGUGAUAAUAAAAAUAAUAGUUAUUCAUUCAGAAUCGUUGAAUUCGAAGAAAAAAGAAACACGAUACCGAGCAUAAUCGUAACCGCUCUUUUGACGUCUGUCGAUGUUUGUGCCUCUGUUGUGUGUUGUAUUCAGUGACAGUGUGUGACAACAAACGGUGCCUUCUCCGUGAUUACUUUUUUCCUUUUUAUUGUUUCCACGUUGUUGGCGUUUUUUGUUUGUUUUUUGUUCUGUUCUUUUAUCCGCUUUUAAAAAGAGGAAAAAUCCGUCGUUCGCUAGCAUUUCGCUUUUCUUUCCAACCGUUCGAUCGUUCACGCCAAGUGGAGGCGUUGCGACGGAAGCUUAUGAACCGACUGGAAUAUUAUUUUUGAAAAAGAAAACGAAUAAAUAUAUAUACGGGGAAUCGCUACAGAAGCACACCAACCUCGCAUAUUUUCUUUCGGACAAUCCACUACGAACGAUAAUAAAAGAAGAAAAAUAACACCUACGAUUUAUCGGAGCGCCUGGAAAAAAGAGUCUGGAGACGACUAGCCUUGCCCGAUCGGAAAACGAGUGACGGUGGAGGGGACUCCGAAGGGGACGGUGGAGGUGGAAAAGCAAAGGCAGGACCCGGGGAAUUCGUUCUGGCCGAGCGAGAACCUCGAGGAACUCGUCGGGGCCGAGGACGCUCGAGACAUCGUCGACGAACUCGGGGACUCGGACACUUUCGGUUGUGAAAAACACCCCGACGAAUGCUCCGAAUACCAGGGCCGAGACGAAGACGACGACUGUGACGAGAAUAUCGUCUCAGAACAAACUGACGAGAAGGAAAAGGAGGAAGAGACGGGGGAGGAGGAGGAGGAAGACAACAACGGUCGAGAGGACACGGUGGAAAAGGAAAGAAGGCUCUCAAAGGAGUCAAAGCACGAUAAAAGCGACGAAGUGGUGGCGGCGGGGGUGGGAGGCUCGCGUGUUCUACGAGAGCAGCGUGUCGUUUCAGGAUCGCCAACAACGGGAGCCCAAACACCGACCAUGUCGAACGUCUUUCCACAACAGUACUGCCUGCGAUGGAAGUAUCAUCACAGCAAUCUCCAGACUAUGUUCUCGCAGUUGCUCGAACGUCAAGCUUAUUGCGACGUCACCCUCGCCUGUGAAGGUCAAACACUCCGGGCGCACAAGGUCGUCCUCUCAGCUUGCAGCACGUAUUUCGACACUAUACUCUCGCAGUACGAGGAAAAGGACCCCAUCGUCAUAAUGCGAGACGUCAAAUUCUCGGACAUCAAAGUACUCGUCGAAUUCAUGUACAAAGGAGAGAUCAACAUCGAUCACACAAGACUGUCGUCGUUAUUAAAGACUGCGGAGGACCUGCACAUCAAGGGAUUAGCGGAAGUGAGCUGGCGGAGUGAUUCCGUACAAAACGAUAUUAACAACAGUGGCCAUAGUCCGGGAGCGGGGACUCCCGGUGUUGAGGCCGUAUUGAGAGAAGGAGACGUCGACGAGCCACCACCACCCAAACAGCGACGCAGAGGUCGUCCGCCUCUCGACGAUCCACCCUCCGCUCACGAUGUAUUUACACCCAAAAUCACUUGCUUCACCGGAAACGAGGAGAUGAUGAGCGAAGGUGAUCACGAAAGUUGCGACGACGAAAUGGCUAAUGAAAAUAAUGAACCUCCCCUACCUAUGCUUUCCUACCUGUCGAAAGACGACAGUACCUCCGACCAGGAAAAGAAAUCGUCGAAUACACCAUCCAAUUCAAACGCGACGAACCCAGCGAUACCUGAACAAUUCCGAGACGUAAUCAAGAUGAACGAUUAUUUGACGACGGGACGACGCCAAGAAUUUUGGGAAGAGCCGUUCACGCGACGCGUCAUGGACGCCAUUAAAAGCAAGGAACUUGAGAUGAAGACUGCUGCCGAGAUACUCGGCGUCUCGUACGGGACCCUAUACGGACGAUAUCGUGACAGUUAUGGUUGCCUUAAACACCCCUACAGAGUGAGGGAUUUUUGGUCGGAGCCUGGACCGGCGGAGGUUCUAGCAAAGUUAAGAAGAAAGGAGAUAACGUUAUUUCGAGCAGCGGAAUUUUUGAACGUAACGGUACACACGCUCGCGACUUAUCUCUCGACGCUUCAGGGCCCGGACAGGAUAUCGCUAGCCGGUGAAUUGAGCGCGGCGACGAGCGCGAUGGAAGCGAACAACGACAUGGAUAAUAACGAAGCGGUAAACGAAAUACUACAAAAAUUUAGCGCGAACGCAUCAAUGGCGGCAACGCCAACGACAUCGGCGACGAUAAAACGGGAGGGCGGUGGUUACCUCGAGCUGCCGGGUAUCGUAACGAAAGGAGCGACGUCCGUGCUGGAAAAUAAUCCGGACAUAACGAUCGUUAAGACCGAAUGUUUGCAGCAACAACAACAGAGAAAACGGGAAUACGCAAAGGUCUCGAACACGGAAAACAAUAAUGCUAAAUUAAUGAGCGGCGGUGCGGUUACCGAGAUCGCACAGCAACAACAAAAGCUCUCCGACACGUUGUCCCUAAACAACGACAAUAGCAAACCCUAACUGUUCAGGCCUUACUUGGUACCACUCGCGAAUCCUCGAACAAGUGGACGAGCCAACUAUAAUCAACUCACCACAACCGCGAAUACCUUCAGAUCUGAGUUGUGCCCACGUAGGUUUUACUCAAAUUUGUUUACUCGCUUUCUCACCAACUUUCAUCUCAAGUAAGACUCUACGCGAGAAGGAGAUUAGGAGACUAAAAGAGAAGAAGGGAAGUGGAUGUGAGGCGUGGCGUGCGUUAUUACUCGAGGGCAGGAUGGCGCAAAAAAAAUAUAACAAUCUUUUUUCAUUAAUUCAAUUUUCCUUGUGACGAUUUACAAGGAGCGGGAAAUUCGAUCGUCUUGUUUGUUUCUACGAAACAGACAUUUUUCGGAAUAUCCUCGAAUUUUUGUCCAAUAUUGGCAUUUUAUUUUGCUGCUUUCCAAGAAGAGAAAGAGCAGCAGGGAUUCGCCAUCGUCGUUGCGCUAACCUAGUUAUUAUGAAAAACAGAAGGGUUUGUCGCACGUCAGCCGAGAUUAGCUUUAAACAAACGAAAAUUAAAAUGUUCCCUCCGGGGCCACCGAGUGUCGAAGCGGGUGCGAGCUCAAAAAAGAGAUCUACGAUUAACUAUCGAACGACGCAAAUAUAACGAUCUCGCGUGUACAAUUACUCAUAGUUCCCCCUGCGAUUCACUGUAAGGUAGUCUCGUUCCAGAAGACGCCCAGAAUGCCCAUGACUCUCUUGAAACAAACAAAAAAGCCAUCUUUAACUUCUUACGAUGUAGCACGUAGUUGAAAAAAAAAAAAAAACAAAACGAAAAUCAUAACGAAACGCUCUCAUUCUCUUCGUUGACUAUUCCAAUUCUGUUUUGCUUCGUUCCCAGCGUUGGAACAUACUUGGGCCUUUGAAAAACAAACAAAAAAGAAACACUAACAAACAAAACGACUAAAAUUGUAUAAUAAAAUUCAAUUCAAGUUCCUUUUCGAAAUAAACAAAAACAAAAUAACAAACAAACGAUCCUAGAUAGUGGGACCGAUAUUAGAGGGACGAGCAGUGGCGAGAGAGCAAUCUUUUGAGCUAUUUUCAAUCGCGUGCAGUCUGAUGGACACCACAUUAUUCGUAAAGUACGUUUUCAAUGCGAUAAUAUGUAUGCAAUGUAUAUAGAUCGAUCGUGCGUGAGAUAUUCGUUGUUAACACAAUUAUUAUUUUCUUUUCGUUUCCAAAGACACCACUUAUACUUUAGAUAGCAUUGAAAAAAAUAAGGCGUCAAUGAAUUCGAGAUUUGCUGAAGCUAAAUGUAUCCUGACACUGAUUCGUCGACGAAGAUUUUUCUUUUUAAUCUAAAAUGACGCAGAUCUCUUUUUUUUCUUUAAAGUCUGUAGACAAUCGAGGAAAGAUGAAAAGAUCGACGAAUAAUUUGACUGAAAUGGUCGAGUUGACAAAGAAUUACUCACGGAUAAGAGAAAGGGCGUUAGCGAAGUAUAAUUUUUCUGAAUCGAGAAUCAUUUGAUUCGCUACUGACGAAUUCUGUAGACUUCACAGUUGGCUUCGAGGGUUUUAUUCUCUCUUUUGUUAAGCUCUUAUUUUUCAAUCGUAUCGAUCGCGGAUACUCGCCAUUUUCUGUAGGGAGUAGAACGAGAAUGUCGAUACUCUAAUUGCCCGUUCGACCACACGAUAGAAAUAAUAAUUGCACGUUUAUUCAAGUGUUACGGUGAUGAAGAACUGAAUUUUUUCCGAUGUAGAAAAUAUUUUUAAAUAUUAUUCCCUUCUCGAGUUUUAAAACUCGAACAACAACCUACGAUAUACUUUGACUGACAAACAAAAAAGGUGUGCGCUGGCGUUUUCGACGCAUUUGUUAAACGAAAACUCAGUGCAUAUUAUUAUUCCGUGCCCGUUUUUAAACACGGUAGUAAGAAAUUCAAUUUUUAUUUCUUUUUACGAGAAUUAUCAUCAUCAAACGCUACUCUAGAUUAUUAUUUCCAUUUUUUUUUCUUUUCUUUAAGCAACGUUGAUAUAUUCUACACACUGUCCGAGCUUUUUAUACAAAUUUUAUGUGGCUUUUAUUGAAAAUAAUGAAAGUUAUGUAUCUUUUUCUCGAUUUAAUUAAUAAUUAAUUGAAAUAUUUCAAGACUAAUCGAUUUCGAAGGAUAAUAUAUGAACGUCCAUUGUAAAUAUCGGUGCAAUAGCGAGACCUAAAAUUAAUAUUAUUUUUUGUGUCACAAAGUGUAUCACUGAGUGAGCCCAAUUCGCGUUGUCCUCUAUUAUUCCACUCGUUUAUUUUAUUUUUUAAUGAUUUGUUGUAAAUUUUAUUGUAAAAUUGACGAAACACCAGUUUUUCUUUCAUGCAAAUCGAUCUUGUUACAGCAACAAGAAGAAACAAACAGGAGCGAACAAAAAAUGACGUUGAAAUAUAAAAAGAUCGUGCGAACGCGACUGUCGUCGACACUGUAAAAUUCUCACUCCAAAAUCUCCGCGUUUCGCUCUUUCAUCGUGCACAUUGAACUCGCGCGUUUGUUCACAGUUUGAAAAAAGCUUUUUUAAGCCCGUUGUGAGUCGAGCUCUAGAACAGUUUUACCGAACAUGAAAAAUAAGGAAAAAUAUAAGAAACGAUGUAACCGAAGAGUGGCAAAAUCAAUUUAUAAGUUGUGACGAAAUUGAACAAAAAAUUGAAAAGUCACGGUUUAUUAAAUUAUAUUAAAUUAAAUUAAAUUAUGAAUAACCAGGCCCUACUGCAUAAUCGUUAAUCCGCGAGACAAUGACUGGACAUGAGUAUUCCUGUUUGCUGAAGGUAUAUGAAAAACUAAAUAAGAAUUAGGAAUAUAAAUAGAGGUAUUUCCAUUGAUAUUUUUGAUGAUAUAACAAACAACAAAAAAAGACUUAGUUGCAUUCGAACAUUCGCCACAUGGGCGAAGGAGGGGAGGGGGGGGGGGGGGGGUAGGUGGGAGGGGGUACUUGUAAAGGAAAUCGUGAAGAGAGUGUGAGAGAAUGUUAACGUGUGCGCGUGCGUGUGUGUAGUAUGCUAGCCAUGAAUAAUUUGAUGUUUCUAUAACGAUGCGUAGAAUUUUUGUAACGAAAUUGAAAAAAGGACAUUGGGUCGCGAGAAUAACGAAGGAAAAGAAAGGGCAGAAGUGCGGAAUGAGAAGAAAAGUGGUAAUUGUGAUAUGGCUGUAUAGGCAAAGAUGUGGAUAGUGUAACGGCGUGUAAUCGCUGCUUUUAUCCCCGUAAUAUGUGAGUGUGCGUGAGAUCUCGUGGCGCGAUCGAGGAAAGAAAAAAUUGAAUGAAACACGAUAAGUGAAUAAAUCAUAUGUGAAGAAAACGAAGAAUCUUUUUUAAAGAGAUGACAAAUGAAUCCUCGGUGAAAAGUGGGUCCGAAGAGAUCCGAGAGCGAAGACGUUUUUUGGUGCCGCAGAGAUCGAAGCCCAAAGCGAAAAACGGCCGCUUGAAAAGCGGCCGCUUUUGUGCGCAGUAGGAAAACGAUAUCUCGAAAUUAUUAUUUGUCGUUCGAGCGUUUGUGCGUCGACGGCAGAAACAUCGGAUCGAAAAUUUUCCUCCUUUCUUUCUUUGUUUUUACUUUUUUAAUUCUCGUGUUUUUCAAAUAUAACUUCGUUGCUGCUCGACGAUAAAGUGACUUUCGGAAAGAAUGAGAAUCGAGGGGUGCGAGCUUAUUUUUUCACACGUCUGAAACCUCGCCGAUGACGGGGACUGAACAAAUUUCGAUUACUUUACGAGUGCCCUGGACUAAUAACCCGACCGUUUAACGUUAAGCUCUCAUCCGACGAUGUAAAAUGCCACUUGAUACAAAAAAAAUAGCGCGAAAGAAAGAUAAAAGACAAAAAACCGUAUUUCGUAUUUUUCUUCAUGUUUUUAUACAUAAAUAUAUAUAUACACAUAUAUAUUUGUUCGUUUUUUUUUUCCAAGUGGCAAAAAUAAUGGAUCUGCUCACCGUUGUCAUACAAGCAUUAAUUUAAGUCUCGUCAAAUUAGUCGCGUCGUCUUGAGAAACAAAAGAAACAACAAGAAAAAAAUAUGAAACUGUCUCGUAUUUUAAUUGUUUAAGUUGUAUACAAAGUAUGAUUAAGAUUCUCGACAUUGCUCCGACCCCGAGCCCCGCGAAUUCGCUCCGCGCCUCAUUUCCGUUUCUCUUUUCUCCUCUUAUUUUAUUCCUAUCAUCCUCAUUUUCCCCCUUUUCUCGUUUUUGUUUCAACUAAAAUAAGACUAAGACAUACCAAAUGAGAAAUGUAAGGACAAGUUUCGUUAGGUUUAGUACUAUCAGCAUAUCAAGAGAGCAAACAAGAAAAAAAAAGUAAAUUAAAAUAAUAACAUUAAUGAUUAAUAAUAACGAUAAUAAUAUUAUUAAUAAUAAUAUUACGAAUAAUAUUAAUAAUUGAGGAAAGGAGAAAAUGAAAGAAAAAAAAAAAUACAAAUACAUGCGCCAAUAAAGCACUUUGUAUUGCCUGUAUGACACGUUCCGCGGACUGAGGCACAGCGGAACGCACAAGACCACUUUUACUCUAGAAAGAGUAUACGACUAGAAGUAUUAAAGUAUUUAACGUUAAAAAAUAAAAAUAAAGAACAAACAACAACAACAAAUAAAUGAAUAAUAAUCACAUACAGACGGUCCAUUAUGAGCGGCCAUAUUUUUGAGAGACCAUUGCUGAUAUUGCAUUCCAUCGCAUCGCUCUCGGUGUGUUUGUGUGUUUGUGAGUAUAAUUCGCUUAUAAUUCGACGAAGCGCUUUCGUCCUAUCUUCCUUCCGUUCGUUUCUGUAAAUGCUUUAUGUUUUUCUCGCUCCUCGUAUAUUGUACACUGAACCCACGCGCGCGCGCGCACACACACACACACACACACACACACACACACACACAUUCACACACACACACACACACAUUCACACGCGAACAGACACGCGUGAAAACACACAUCACACAAACACACAGCCAAACGAAUAUAUAUAUAUAUAUUUUUUUUUCGCGAGAGCAAGAGAGAGAGAAAGAGUGUGACGCGUGAGAAAAUGAAGAGCGUACGGCGCCAAAUUUCGUAGACUAAUUAUUUGUACAAAUUUUUCUAUUCAUUGUCUUGAAAAUAAUAAUAAAAAAAGAAAAAAAAUACAAAAAAAAAAUGAAAAUAAAAAACACGAAAAGCGAAUAAAACAGCAGCACCGAUGCGAAUUAGACGACAAAAAAAUCCGCGAAUUCCAAGAACGCGCGCGCGCGCCUGUGCGCCGAUUACGAAUAUUUUACACAAGAAAAAUACGUAGAGUAUAACGGAAAAAAUCGUGGGAAACCGAAGGACGAGCACGAAACGCGAUCGAUCGGCGAUUAUAUUAUUUCUGUCGAACUACAAAACAAAAAGUAUGAUGGUACUAAUUAGAAUACAAUACAUAUAUCUAUAUUACUGCACAGUCGAACAAGAACGUUACGUACCUUUCGCUCCCUCUUUUCCGCCCCCUCUUCUAUCCCGUAGUAGCCACAUGUGUAUAUUCACACGAAAGAGUAAAGAGUCGGCGAGGAACACAAAAAAUAACGAAAAACAUAAAAAAUACGAUUGGCCAUUGAUAUUAAAAGCCACAUUUCCAGUAACUUGUACAAUACUGUAAUUCGCCAUCUUGGCGCCCCCCCCUCCACACGUACACACGCAUCUACCAUUAUUAUUAACAUUGUUAUUAUUAUUAUUACUACAAUCGUUCGGAAAGAGGUUAAUCGUUCGGCUAUACGACUCGAAAAGAAGUAAAAAAAACGCGUAUCAAACAUUAUACUAUUACCUAUUACAAAAGCUAUGACUUACUAUUUAAAAUAUUGCUACUAAACUCUACUAAUACGGGAAUACUGAAGAAGCACGAGAACGACGGACUAUAUGUGUAUAUAGCCUACCGCGACGAGAUAGCGCGCGCAUCCGUACGAGACUAGAGUAAAAAGAAAGAAAAAAGAAACUGAAAACGGGAGAAAAUAAACGAGCGGGGAAAGAAAAAGUAAGAAAUCGAGGCAGCGAGUAACAGUUUACAAAUAAAUAAAACAAAGCGAGCAGUAAAGAAGCAAGGGAAAAACGUCGAUAUCGUAAUUACUUGUCGUUUCGUAUGAACAGAAAAAAGGAUUAACGAGUUACGAGUAUAGUAUAAUGUAUCAUCGUUUUAUACACAACCUAAUUAUUAUACAUACAUGAAAACAUAUUUAUAUGAAUACAUAUAUAUGUGUGUGUAUAUGUAAAUAUACACACUUAUGUUUGUGCAUUUAUAUACAUACAUAUAUACAUGUGUAUCGAUGAAAAGAAAAAAAAGUACCGUACACUUAUGUACAUUCCUAGUGAACACGAUUGCAUUACACGAGUACUUUAUCGAGCAGAUGAAAGAAAAAUUGUAAAAAGGGAGAAAAUAAAUAAAAAAAUAAAAAAAAAAAAAAAGAGGGGACGAAAAGGGAUAAAUGGUGAAUGAGAAAAACACUGGUACACACACAAACACACAAACGUAUGGACCUAUUAUUAUUGUCAUUAUUAUUAAUUUAAUAAUAAUAAUUAUUAUUAUUAUUGCGACGAUUAUUAUGACAUAUGAAAAUAUUUAUAUUAAUUGCAUAAGUUAUUCGGGAAGGACCAUCGCGAUAAUUCGACACUCUCGUCUAUACUUGAGAUCAUUGAAUUAUAUUUAUGUAUAUAAAUACAUGGUUCAAUGACAAAUAAAUAACGAUGAAUAUCCGUAAAGAAUAAGCCGCGCAUUCCUAGAUAAAAAUGAAAAGAAAAGGGGAGAAGAGAAAAUGGGGAGUAGAAAUUCGAUUGAGAGAGCGAGCGAGCGUGCGUGUGUAUGUGUGUGUGUGCGCGUGCGUGUGUGUGGGGUUCACGGAGAAAGUUCUCGUAUAUUUAUAUACACAUAUAUUAUAUUCACCGAAAAACUAUAAACACGUGUUUUAUUUUGAAGUGCGUUUUUUCCGUGCAGCGAGGAAAGAAGAAAGAAAAAACAGUAUUUUCUGUCCGGUGUGAGAUUGUGUAAGAGUAUAAAAAUAGGAGCGAAGUAUAUAUGAGAUAAAUGUGAAUGUAAAUCAAAUGAGUAAAAGAAAAAAUGAAAAUGAAAGAAAACUACCUAAAUGAAAUUCUCGCGAUAUUUCGAUUCUCGAAACUCUAUAUUACGCCGCAGUGUGUAUUAUAUACGCCGCAUUUCCACUUUUCUUUUCGUGCGUAUUCUAACCUUGACUCGCGACUCUCGUCGUCCGCGCGGAGCCUAUGUACACAGGACGCGCGAAAAAAACGAUUCUCACAUACAAAAACAAAAACACACUCCCGACUAUAUUUCGAUGAAAAUCUUCAUAACCCGUGUAUUUAUAUUAACAUAUUUUUUUUCCCACUUCAUUUACUCCUCAUCUCGCCGACAUCCAUUUUUUUUACUUCGCGAUAUAUAUUCCGAGAUAACUGAGAACACGACGAAAGGGCUCGUGCGAAUCGUCGCGAAUAGCAUCCUCAUUCCCGCAUCGGUAAUACAAACACACGGAUACACGAGCGUCGUGCUCUCGAAAGCUGCGGCAAUAUUGAGAAAUUCUUAGCCAAAGUUAGGGCUUCUUGCGUUUGUCCUUUAGCCUUUUUUUUUUUUUUUACUUUUUUUUUCAUCCUUUCGUACGAUUCCCACCUGCCCCACUCUCAAAAAAACAGACAUUAUAUAUAAAUAUAUAUUUAUAUACAUAUACGACGUGCAUAUGUAUAUCUAUGUAUAAUGUUUGUCAUAUUUCAUGAUUAUUAUCAAUUGAAAUAUUAUUUCGAAUUAUUAUUGAAAACUAGAUUAAUACUAUCAUUAUUAUUAAUCGUGGUAAUUUUUUAGAUUAGAAAAACAAUAUAUUUAGCGUAGAAUUUAAUGAAAAAAAUAAAAAAUGAAAAAAAAAAACGACAACAAAAAGUAUACAUAAUGAAGUAUAUACAUAAAUAUAUAUACGUACGCAUGUAUACAUUUAUGUGUAUACAUAUAUAUAUAUAUAUAUAUUGAUAAAAUAUUAUUGAGAUCGUAAUUAGAGAUUCGGAAGUGCAUACAAUGCCCGAAUAAUGGUGAAAGAUCGACUGAGAUUGUCGUAGGGCAAUUGACAGAUUUAAAAAUAAAAUGAAUUAAAAAAUGGUUCACCGCGUAACUUGUGAACGAAAUAAAUAAUGAGUUUACGGCAAAACAAGGACUUGGACUGCUCGAGAGAUUUUUCAGGACAGUCGGGGACUGUAUUCUCGCUGAAAAAAUAUAUGUAUAUUUUAUGCAUACGUAUAUAUACAUGUAUAGAUUUAUAUGUACGCAUAAAAAUAUAUAUAUGUUUAUUCAUUCAAUGAACAAAAAAUGAAAUGAAAAAUAAUAAUAAUAAUAUUAAUUUAAAAAACAGAUCAGUAAGUGUAAAUGUUUGUAAACAAAUUAUGAAACAUUAUUUGUUCAGUGCCUACAUAUUUACACAGUAAUAAUAAAGAUGAGGAUUAGUGAAACGAUCAA